AUGAGAAAAUGUCCAAACCAUGGAAUCACUCAAGGAAACCAAGUGCAGUACUUCUACACUGGACUUACACCAUUGUCAAAAUCUCAAGUUGAUGCCUCUGCUGGUGGAUCAAUCAUAGGAAAAUCAGUGCAACAAACCAUAGACCUAUUUGAGUUAAUUGCCACCACACAUUCAAUGUUCUCAUCAGAAAGAGUGGUGCCACCAAAGGUAGGAGGAAUGUAUGAAUUAGAUAGCACAACAUCUACCAAUGCACAGAUAGCAGCUUUAACAAAACAGGUAGAGUUACUUGUAAAUUUGCAAACACAUGGAGCAAAUGCAAUGAUGGCCAGUUCAGUAUGUGAGAAUUGUGGGAGAAAUCACGCUACAGAGAGUUGCAUGAUGCUCACUUCUUCAGAGGAACAAGUAAACUUUAUUCAAAAUAACUCCCGUAAUUUCAACUCAUAUGGUAACAAUUUCCAACAAGAAAGAAGACCAAGUUUGGGGGAGAUAUUUCAACAAUAUGUGCAGAAGACGGACAAGAUAGCACAACAAAGUGCAGAACGUCCACAAGGGACAUUGCCAGACAAUACAAUGAUAAAUCCUAAGGAACAGUUGAUGGCAAUUGAAAUCACUACAGAGAGACCCAAAAGAAAAGAUGACCAAGAAGUGAUUGAUGAAGUUACAAGGAUAGAAAAAUCUGCACCAGAUGCAACUGAAAAUAGAGAAGGUACAGAAACAUUAGCUGCCAAAGCACCAAGUCUAAACAAAGCUUACAUGCCUCCCAUUCCCUUUCCUCAAAAGCUCAAGAAGAACAAACAAGACACAAACUAUGAAAAAUUCCUCGAUGUUCUCAAGAAGCUCCAGAUCAAUGUUCCGUCCAUAGAUACGAUACUACAAAUUCCAAGCUAUGAGAAAUUUUUGAGAGAGAUGUUGACAAAGAGAAGAAAGCUUCCGGAGUUUGAAACCAUGGCAUUAACUGAGGAAAGUAGUGCAAGAGUCCAGAGAAAAUUGCCUCCUGAAUUGAAGGAUCCAGGGAGUUUUACUUUAUCAGUUUCAAUUGGAAAUUCCUAUUUAUCUAAUGCAUUGAAAUUGGGACUAGGUGAAGUCAACUCAACAUCAAUAACGCUACAACUCGCUGAUAGAACAAUCACAAAGCCACGUGGCAAAGUUGAGGAUAUAAUCUUGCCGGUAUUGAUAUGUGUAAUUGAGAACAUGCGUUGA